GGCUGUAGGACAGGUUUGGUGUUUCCCGGAGCCGCCCCUAGUACGGCCUUCUCUCCCUUCCCUUCCUGUCAGGUUCUUCCUGGAGCAGCCUCCUCAGUAAGCUACCUGACAGGGAGCCAUGGACAGACUGCACUUCCAGGGGGCUGCGGGGGCUGUGGACGACUAUCUGGAGUACAGGCGAUUUUUUAGUUUUGUAUUCUGUACAUAAUCACGGGGCAGCCAUCUUGCCUAAACAGUAUUAAGAGAUAUGCUUUACACCAGCCACGUGGAUAAUAAACACAAUGGAAACCAGAUGAUCAAUGACGUCUGUGAGAGAGUUUGCAAGACAUGCUGUGUGACCUGUGCAGAGAUCAUUGUGCAGGGAAGGGGAGUAGACAAGCUGUUUGCAUUACCUAAUGUGAAUAGUAGAUCCUGUGUUGUCUAUACAUGUAAUCCUGCAUGUAAAUAUAAUAAGAGGACUGCUGAAAAGUGAUCUUUACAGAACAGAUUGUUGGUGAAGAUGAUGGAGGUAAACUUUUUAGUCCAGAAGAAUAUGAAGCAUACAAGAAAACAGUGCUCCCAAUGAGGGCACAAAAUCGACUGUUUGUCAGCUGGAGAUCGCCAACGGGAAUUGACUGCAAGCUUGUGGGCCCGGAGACCCCCUGUUUUUGUACUCACAGGUACAAACAGCAUAAGACAGACUUUAAGGAGCUUCCAAAGGAUCAUCCUAUUCUGUUGCCGUGUAAAGUCAGCAAAUGCCCAUGCAAAUCCUAUCACUUUGUUCCUCGGAAUGGUUCCCAACCAGUCCGUUGCCGAUGUAAGCACCUUGCCGAUGACCACAGUGUUACAGGAUCCUACAACUGCACCAAAUGCUCGAACUGCGCAGGGUUCCAUAGUUCGUUCACUUGUGGAUGUUCUCAGCCAGCAUAUACUCACGAUACCGUUGUAGAGACAAAGGAAGAAAGACAAGCUCUCGGAAAACCUGUUGGACAAGAUGUUCCAUAUGCUGCUAUGGGGGGAUUGACUGGAUUCAGCUCUCUUGCUGAAGGCUAUAUGAGACUUGAUGAAAGUGGUAUAGGUGCCCCUAGUAGGCGUUUUCUGGAAUCCCCUGAUGAUGGUGGAUCUCACCCUUUUCUAAGAGCAUAUGGCCCACCAUCUUCUAACAUUAAAGGACUCCCCGAUAGAAGUAAAGAAAUGUCUGGGCUGAAGGCACAAGAAGAACAGGACAUGGCUUUUUUUGAAAGGCGCUAUCAGGAAAGGAUGAAGAAAGAAAAAGAAGAGAAAAGACUGAAUUCCAGACACCCCAGCACUCAGCAGCCUUAAGGAUGGUGGAGCAGUCAGCAAAAUGUGACUUCUUAGACAUUUUAAAAUGUCAGCAAUUUGAGUAAAAAACUAAAAACUUGUAGUAAUUAUUCUAACCAUAUCAUAUGGACGGUAUUAAGGUGGACUGACAGAUUUUAUUAACUGCAUCAGUAGAUUUGGUUUGCAUCUUUUCAUACGUACACUACUUAGUUUUUUUACUGUAGUUCCUGAUCAACACAAUAUUAGUGAUAACUGAA